AUGCAGACCGGCUCGGAGAAACACGUCCUUCAACUGGAGUUGGAACAACACCUCAAGGACCUCAAGGAGCUCUCCGAAAAAAGAGCUGGACUGAUCGGUAAAGCUGCUCCCGAGUUGGUGCAAUCGGCUUUUUCCUCUUUCUUCGGCUUGCCCGCCUGCGCUGGACUCCAGGUUAGCAUGAAAUGCUAUGUUGGCAGUGGCCGCCUCUGCAAGAGGGAGGACGUGGUGGUCGUCAGUGAGCCCAAUGGCGACGAGGUGGCACAGGAGCCUGUUUUCAGACCGACAGCGCACAUCUCCCGCCUUUGCAUGUUCAAGAAGGAAGGUGACCGCGCUUCGGUCAUACCUUUGAGCAUGCCCAUGUAA